AGGGGCCAGCCCAGGACUGGUUCGUGGAGGCAGGAGAGAGAGAAACGGGAGCAAGGGGGUCCUACCUGUCUCCCAGGGAGCUGCCAGUGAGCGGUCCCAAGCUCAGCCUGUGAUUUCACCUGCUUGGAGGGUGAGAGUCCAAACCAAGGAGAAGAUGAGGGAGCUGAGCAUGGAUUCUUGGAGAAAGCUAUUUUGGGAGAAGAUCGACAAGGCCAGUCUAAGAGACCAGUGGGACCUGAAGAUGCACUAGGACCUUUGUUACGACAACCUGACUCCUGGUUGGGUGCAGUCCGUGGAGGAGCACGCGCAUGCCAGGCAGGGGGAAGGACUAGAUGUGGCUUCUGGAGGGCCCCACGUCUCUAGGAGGUCUGCUUUCACUCUCUGCUUCCUUCAUCCUUUUAGGUUCCAGUGCUCGGGGUGUGGGCACGCCUGGUCGUCGGUGCAAGUGAUCAUCCUGUUCCACAUGUGCUUGGACGGGUCCAGGAGACAAGGCUCGGUGAAGAUGAGGGUCUUUGGACAGAAAUGCAACCAGUGCUCUUGGUGUGACUUCAGCAAGCCAGUAUUCAAGGCGGAGGGUGUCGACACGGUCUUGGAGAAGCUGGUGAUGAGCAUUCGGGAGAAAUGCUAUGGAGAGUCUGUGGAUCAUAGCCAGCUGUUGGAAGUGGUGAUUGGCAGGCACGGCGGGCCACAUAGGAGAGACAACUGUGAGGCUUGUCACCUGGGAAUACACAGGAAGACUCAAGGACCAGCGCAACAUGGGAGGCACAAGCACCCGGUGGUUUCCUGGGCACCCCAAAUGCCAGUGCCAUCCAUUGAGCCCUCCAGACCCAGCGUACCCCACCAGGCAAAGCUUCUGAAUCAGAGUUUUUACAAAGAUUAUGAAUCGCAGCGCCUUGUCCGGCCCUCCAGACCCCGCGUACCCCACCGGACAAGGGUGCCAGAUCAGAAUUCAGGCAAAGAUUUUGAAUCCAAAUGCCUCAUUUGCUGCUUGACAGUGGGUUGCUGGUUUUUUGCUGCUAUUUUUCUUUGUCUUCUCAUUCUCUACAUCAUUCCCAAUUGAAAGCUGCUCAGACCGUGGGUGCAGGGGAGAUACUGAGCCAUGACAAUUUUUCCACGUGCAGCCAGCGUGGUGGUUUGCUCAGGACGGGCGAGGUGGGGUUACCGGUUAUACCGGCAUGUUCGGGCAAUGGUGGGAGAUGCGUCCCUCCCCAAAAACCUUCAGGAACAGUUCUGCCUCUGAAGAUCCCAGCCAGAAUUGCAUCCUCCUGUCCUGUUCAUACAAAAAAAGGCUUCACCUGGGUAGUCAGGGAACAGAAAUGGUGGGAUAACCGACGGCACCCCAUCAGUAAGUGCUGCCGCAAAUAGUGUGUGAACGCCCCAAGAGGCAGACACUGUGUCUUCGGCUUGCCUGUCGAAUGCACAGAGCCCAUGCGACCAAUUCCUGAACCCAGGAAUUGAAAUGAAUAUUGCUUUUAACGA